AUGGAGGCCGACACCAACACCAUAGUUGGGCAUGUGUACAAUACCACCAGACAGUUCAGGUAUGUCAUUGUGGCAGUGGACUACCACACUAAAUGGAUGGAGGCAGAACGAAUGGCAAAGAUCACCAUAGACUGGGUGAUAAAGUUCUUAUGGCGUUGUGUGUACUGCCAAUUUAGUAUCCCGGAGACUUUUGUCACGGACAAUGGCACCCAGUUUGACAAUGACAAGUUCCGGGCGUUUACCCAUAAGAAUGACACGACCGUCUUAUAUGCUUCCCCAACACACCCCCAGACUGAUGGUCAGGUCGAAGCCAUCAACAAGCUCAACAAGUAG